AUGAUCACAUUAUUGAAGCAACAGUUGGAGUUAUCUUAUUGAGGCCUUUUGUUGGGAUACUUUGUUUGCUUGCACUUGUUAUGUAUAAAUGGAGAAGGAGACAUCUUUCUAUGGAUCAUACGAUCGAAGAGUUCCUUCAAAGACAAAACAAUCUAGUGCCUAUCAGGUAUUCUUUCAAAGAAAUCAGAAAAAUGACAUGGAGUUUUAAAGAAAAAUUAGGUGAAGGGGGCUACGGCUCGGUGUUUAAAGGAAAGCUUCGUAGUGGACAUCAUGUGGCAGUGAAAUUGCUGGGAAACAAAAAGGGUAACGGCCAAGAUUUCAUAAACGAAGUUGCUUCCAUCGGGAGAAUUCAUCAUGCUAAUGUGGCAAAACUUAUCGGAUUCUGUGUGGAGGGAUCAAAGCAAGCUCUUGUUUAUGAUUUCAUGUCGAAUGGAUCUUUGGAUAAACUCAUAUUCGCAGAUGAAAAUAAGAACACUUUGGGGUGGAAAAAGAUGUUUGAUAUUGUGCUUGGAGUGGCUAGAGGAAUCGACUACUUGCAUCAGGGAUGUGACAUGCAAAUUCUACAUUUUGAUAUCAAGCCACACAAUAUUCUUCUAGAUGAGAAUUUUAAUCCAAAAGUUUCGGAUUUUGGUCUUGCUAAAUUGUACUCAGUAAACGACAGCAUCGUCUCGCUUACUGCAGCACGAGGAACAAUAGGAUAUAUUGCUCCUGAAUUGGUUUACAAAAAUCUUGGAGGCAUCUCAUAUAAAGCUGAUGUUUAUAGUUUUGGAAUGUUACUGAUGGAAAUGGUGGGGAGGAGAAAGAAUGUGAAUGCAUUUGCAGACCAGACCAGUUAGAUAUAUUUUCCAUCAUGGAUCUAUGACCGACUGGAUCAAGGAGAGGACAUGGAACUUGGAGAUGUUUCCGAUGAUGAAAAAGUAAUGGCGAGGAAGAUGAUCAUAACAGCCUUUUGGUGUAUACAAUCGAAGCCUGUCGAUCGGCCUUCGAUGAAUAAAGUGUUGAAGAUGCUUGAAAGUGAUGUUGAACUUCUUGAAAUGCCUCCUAAGCUAUUUUAUCAACUUCCUCUUGAAACAUCAAUGGAGGCUAAUGGCUGUGGGAGCUCUAAUAAUGAGUCAAGUACAUCUUCACAUGCUGUUACUAUGUAGCUUUAUAUGUUGCCAUAUACAUCUUCAGAAGAAGACUUUACUGUGAAAAAAUUAAAUUAGAUUUAUACAUUUUCUAAUGAAAAAAAAAAAAUCAAAUACAAAUAUUCUAGUUGUAUAUGGAUGUAUCAUAUGUCUCUUGCCACAGAGAAGCAUGGCCAUUUUCUAAUGGAAAUUCAUAACAAUUCAAAG